UCUUCUAAGCCCAAAUUCAAACACACUAAUUUCAAUAUUUCAUCGACAUAAACACACACACACUCUCUCACUCGCUCAUUUUCAUCGUAUCCGUUGAGGUUGAAUGCUGCUGCCAAUCGCCAUCGACAUAAUAUGCAUAUUAAUCCAUGUUUCAUCCCUCAAUUGUCCAUUUUCACCUCAAUUUUCUCAAUCCAAAUUUAGUCUCGCAUUCAAUUCAGCCGCAGUAGCAUGCACUAACGUCGUUUUCCACACACACACGCGCACGCACAGACAACCUCCAUAUCGCCGCGAACUAUGGCGGCUUCCGGCGACUCCGCCGAUGGGAGCGUUUUCACCGCCAAAACUCCAAUUCUCCGCCAGAAGCUCUACGUGGUCAUAAUCGCUACCGUCCUGCUCGCGCUGGCCGUUUUUGUUCUGGUAUACGUCUUCCUCCGCCGCCGGAGCUGCAAGCGACGCCGCGUCGGCGCCAAGCGCGGCGCCGGACUCAUUCCCCUGGUUAACGAGCCGGAUCAACGCCGAGCAGUUGAAGGUUUGAAUGGCGGUGAGAAGAAGGUGUUUCUCGUGGAGAGCGUGGUGAAGGCGGCGCAGAUUGAGUCCGAGAGUAAGAAGGCGAGCUCGGUGAGCUACGAGUCGAGUACAACUCGGAGCGAGUCGUCGUCGGUUUUGUCGGCGUCGACCGACGGUUUGGGGAGCUUUGGGUGGGGGAAGUGUUACACCUUGCGGGAACUUCAAACGGCGUCGAAUCAGUUUUCCGAAGAGAAUGUGAUCGGAGAGGGAGGAUACGGCGUCGUUUACCGUGGGGUUUUGCACGAUGGAUCUGUGGUUGCUAUAAAGAAUUUAUCAAACAAGAGGGGCCACGCAGAGAAGGAAUUUAAGGUGGAAGUUGAAGCCAUUGGGAAAGUAAGACAUAAGAACCUUGUGGGUCUGAUAGGUUACUGUGCGGAAGGCACUGAAAGGUUGCUUGUCUACGAGUACAUUGAUAAUGGCAAUUUGGAGCAGUGGUUACAUGGUGAUGUAGGCCCUGUCAGCCCUUUAACUUGGGAGGUCAGGAUGAAAAUUGCAGUUGGAGCAGCAAGAGGACUGGCAUACUUGCACGAAGGAUUGGAACCCAAAGUUGUUCAUCGUGAUGUAAAAUCAAGCAACAUACUCUUGGAUAGGAAAUGGAACACAAAAGUAUCAGAUUUUGGACUUGCCAAGUUAUUGGGAUCUGAUGCAAGCCAUGUCACCACUCGCGUGAUGGGAACAUUUGGAUAUGUCUGCCCUGACUAUGCAAGUACUGGUAUGCUUAAUGAAACGAACGAUGUCUACAGCUUCGGAGUUCUACUCAUGGAAAUAAUCACUGGCAGGAGCCCGGUAGACUAUUCCAGACCACCUGGAGAGAUGAACUUGAUUGACUGGUUCAAAGGGAUGAUAGCAAGUCAUCGUGGCGAAGAGUUAGUAGAUCCGCGGAUCAAUGUUCCUCCUCCCCCAAGAGCUCUAAAGAGAGUAUUACUGGUUUGCCUCCGCUGUAUAGAUAUAGAUGCCCACAAACGGCCAAAGAUGGGGCAAGUUGUGCACAUGCUCGAGGCAGAUGAAUUUUCUUACCGCGCUGUGAGCUACACUUCUAUUUCUUUGAACUUGUUAAUUCUACAAUAUUUCUACUAUGAGACUUGCUGUAGUGGAUGUAACUUACAAGUGCCGUUCAUACACGUAGAAACACAUAAAAUUUGGUUAGCAUAAGUUGCUUGUUUAGGAGUUUGCUUUAAGUUGAGACUUUCCAGCCAGCCGAUUUUUCUUUAAUACGACCAUGUUUAGUUAAUUGUAAGACUAUCACAGGUUCAUACAAAAAUUCAAGAGCUGGCCAAAUUUCUAUUAUCUGAAUCAAUUAAAAGCUUAGAGUUUACAUAUAAUAGUGUGACCAUCUAAAGCUAGAUUUAUAUUUGUCAUCAUAGAAAAUAUUUAUUUUAAUCCGUUUUAGGUGGUUCUUUUUUAUCAAGAUAUCAGCUAUUUCACCCUACAGGGAACCCGAUUUGCUCGUGAAACAGCUCCUCUACAUCUCCAAUCCACUAGCAGAAACGAAAUUCCGUCUGCACAAAAGAAAGUGGAGAAUGAUGGUGGUGAAAGACCAACAGGGAACUAAACGAUCAUAUUAUAUAGAUGCAUAAAAAGGUAUGCUAGAUUUUCUUGUGCAUUAAAUUUCCCUCCACAUAUGAUUAUAUGAAUUCCUAAAUUCAACACUACGUAGAUGUAGAACGACCCUCCACCAUUUUUCAUGCUAAGGCAAGUCAGUAUAUUUUUCAUGGAAGAUCAUCUUCAGGUCUCGUACGGCCACACUAAAUCCUCGCAACGUGAAGAAAUUUCGACUCUAAACAAGAUAAGUAGAAGAACUUUCCCAUGACAAAACUCUCUUAAUUUUUCUUCUCCUACAUCGGCAAAUAUGUUGAAAAGGGAGCUUCUUUCUGAUUUAAAGGUGAAUGUGAAUAUAUAUAUAUAUAGUUGUGACUUGUAAUCCAUGUAUUUGCUUGAUAAUACUUCCCCUUUAUAGGUGUGAUAUACAAGUGAGAAAUGUAAUAAUACACAUAUAGAUACAAUGUACUCCACAAAACUUCGAUUUAUUUGUAUUGUUUUGAUAGAUUUUUAA